AUGGCAAUCUAUAAUAGCUUGAUACAAUUGUUUUAUACCAUUGCUCAAUCAUUUCCACGAAUACCAGGACCAUUUUAUGAAAGUUUUACAUUAAGAAAUUUGUUAUCUACAAAAACCAAAAGCUUGCAAUUGAUCAGUGUGUCACCAACAUUCUAUCCACCAUCGUAUUCACAUCACUAUACAAAAUAUCUUGGUCCAUAUAUAGAUGAAUCGUCCAUCAAUGAUAUUGACAAUCAUCUUACAAAAUGGGUCAAAUCCAAGCCUAGUAAAUCAAUUAUCUAUGUGGCUUUCGGUAGUACGGGCAUACUUGAAUUCGAUCGAAUGAAAAAUUUGAUUUAUGGUCUAGCUGAAUUUAUACUACAAACAGAUGUUGCUUCGGUCUUGUUAGCAUUUCGUAAUGUCAAUUAUGAUAUGUAUCAAAUUGUGGUGAAUAAAAUGAAAAAUGAUGAAUAUCGACAUGUUCUAUUGGAUAAUCAACGCGUUCAAAUUGAAAAUCAAUUUGUUCAACAAAAAUGGACUUUAAAACAGAAAUCAGUCAAUUUGUUCAUAAGUCAUUGUGGUAUGGGUUCAAGUUUAGAAGGACUUUAUUUUCAAAAGCCAAUAUUAUGUUUGCCGUUACAUACAGAUCAAUUUAUGAAUGCCAUGACAAUCGAUCAUUCUGGAGUCGGACAAUCGUUAUUUACACCACCAUCAUUAUUACAAUCAUUGAAAAAUCCACAUGACUUUCAUGAUUAUACAUUUUCAGCCACUAGUGUAGCAACGAAAUUAUCGAUGAUGUGGAAAAAUAUGACAUACGAAAAAGCAAUUCGAAUCAUGUCACUUGAAAUGAAACAUGCUGGUGGUGCGAGACAAGCUGUCCAGGAAAUUGAAUUUUUUGUAAAUUUAAACGGCGAUUUAGAUCGGUAUGCGCCGUUCAAGAGUACAUUAUCGUUCUAUCAGCAAUAUAUGCUUGAUAUACUAAUCAUUUAUGUUGUUCUACCUGCUACGAUCAUUAUCUAUUUAUUUGGCAAAUGUUGCAGUCGAACUCGAAAGGAAAAACGAGAUUGA